UCUGAUCCCGAAACAAUGGAGAAUCUUUAUUUGGAAAUUGUUAUUGCUGCAGAUCAUUCUGUCAUUGAAUUUCAUCAAAAAGAAAAAACUCGUGAUUAUAUUUUAACUAUGAUGAAUAUCGUUAAUCAACUUUUCAGAGAUCCAUCUUUAAAUAUCAACUUGAAAUUAUUCGUUAAAGAAAUUUUACUGCUGGAAAAGUCAGAGGUAAAUUUAGUCAUAAGUGGAAAUUCUCACAAAAGUUUAGAUCGAAUAUGCCAAUGGUUUUAUCAAUCUUUUAACGAAAGUAAUAUUGAUGAUUAUGAUUUGGGUAUCUUUUUGACAAAAUUCUCUCUAGGAGGACCGUCAGGUUAUGCUCCUAUUAAUGGGCUCUGUAGCAAACGGAGAAGCUGCACUUUAAAUAGAGAUGAAGGACUCUCGUCAGCUUUAAUAAUUGCUCACGAAAUAGGACAUGUUUUAGGUUUGCAACAUGAUGGCGAAGGCAACGAUUGUGAAGCAGGGACAUACGAAGGAAGUAUUAUGUCACCUAUAGUUAGGGCAACGUUUCAAAGGUAUCACUGGUCAUCAUGUAGUCGAGAAAAGCUAAAAACUCAUAUUGGAAAUUUCGAAUGUUUAAAAGAUAAACCCGAUAACAUAUCUGAAAGCAAUGAUUUGCAGAAAGCAUUUUAUUCUCUGGAUGAACAAUGCCGUCAAGAAUUUGGAUACAAUUACACACUUUGCAAAUCUUUUCAGCCUUCUAAUGUUUGUAACCAGUUAUGGUGUGGUCAAUUUACAAAUCCAUCGUUUUGUAAGUCCAAAAGCAAUCCACCGCUUCAAGGCACAAUUUGCGGAUCUCAAAAGAAACCAAAUUAGACGAUUUGAUUCAUCAUAAUCCUCAAAAUGGUCAAUGGGGAACUUGGAGU